CGCCCCACACGCACACCACGCUCCUCCUCCUCCUUUCCACCGCGCAGGGAGCCAAAUCUGUCGCCUCCUCGCCGCCUUCCCUUCCUUUCCGCUCCGGCCGCCGCAAUCCACUCAGGCUCUCAGCUGGGCUCGCCGUUGGGUUCCCCCCUACUCCGCCAACUCCUUCCGAUGGCGCCGCAGCUGCAGUGCUGCCAUUGGAUGUCCUCCUGGCCACGGGUCCAGCAGAUGCCCCCGUGGCCGCGUUCCUCCGACUCGUUGCGGCGGCGGCGGCUCCUGCUCCUCGCGCCGACGCGACGGCCCUGCGACGUCGCGGUCUGCGUGGUCGCGGACGCGGGCCCGGCGCUGGCGCUGGACGGCAGCGCGGGCUCGGUGGGGGUCGAGUUCCUGACGGAGGAGCAGGAGGACGUGGACGAGAGGGAGAGGCUCAGGCGGAUGCGAAUAUCGCAGGCGAACAAGGGUAACACGCCGUGGAACAAGGGCAGGAAGCAUAGCCCAGAGACGCUUCAGCGGAUUCGCGAGAGAACCAGGAUUGCGAUGCAGGACCCCAAGGUUAAGAAAAAGCUGAUGAAUCUGGGGCAUGCACAGAGUGAGGAGACACGAGUGAAGAUAUCAGAGGGGGUGAGGCGAGGCUGGAGUUUGCGUCUGCAGAGAUUAAUGGUGCAGGAUGGCUGCUUUGUGGAGUGGAGGGACAUGGUAGCUGAUGCAGCUAGAAAAGGCUUUGCUGGUGAGGUUAGCCUCCAAUGGAAUUCAUAUAAAAUCUUGACUGAUCAAAUGCAGCAAGAGUGGUUGGGGUAUCUCCAAAAAAGGAGAUCAAUGCCAAGGCCAAGAGGUAACAGACGAGCACCAAAAACUCCUGAGCAGAGGAGAAAAAUUGCAGAAGCUAUUGCUGCAAAGUGGUUGGAUCAAGAAUAUCGUGAACGUGUUUGUAGUGGAAUUGCUAGCUACCAUGGAUCAUGUACUGGCACUAAAACACCAAGAAAGCCAAGGCCUGCUGAAGGACCAUGUGUAAAGAGAGAGUCUACGAAAAAGAAAUCUAUGCAAGAUAGAGCUGUGGGCUUAGAGGAUGCUCAUGGAAAAGGGGCAACUGUUAAGAGAAAGAAAAGUGCAACUCCCUACAAAGAUCCGAUGGCAGGUGAAAAAUUGGAGAUGUUAUCAAAGAUUCGAGCUCAAAGGGUAGCACUAGCAAUAGAAAAGGAAGAAGCUAUUAAAAGGGCUAGAUCACUGAUUGCAGAAGCAGAAAAGGCUGCGGAUGCCCUGGAAACUGCUGCAGCAAUGAGCCCUUUUGCUCAAGCAUCACUUAUAGAAGCUAGAAAGCUUGUUACAGAGGCAAGAGUAUCACUUGAAUGUGUUGAUCAUGAAGGGUCUCCAGAAAAUGCUUCUGAUGAUAUUUCAGAGGACUCAGGUUUAUUGGACCCUGACCACGGACUGGAGACACAGAAUGAAAACAAUGUGUUGUACCAAGACAAUAAACCUGUAAAUGGGAUAAAAUUUCCGCCAAGCAAUGGUAAAGGCAUUGGUUUCCAUUUUGAUGUAUCUGCAUUCACCGGAAUAAAACAACUAUAUCAGAGAAUAGAGAAUUCCAUGGAAAGAGCUUUUCUUCUUCCUGCAGCUUCAUCAAAGCAAGCUGUGAAUGGAGAUUUCAGAAUAAUAGAUUUUCAAGUUAGGCAAUCAAUGGUCAAUGAUAUGGCAAACAAUGAUUGCAUAGCAGCUGAAUCAACUGAUCUUCCGGGGACAUCAGGAGAAGAUGCUCCCAGGUCUGUAGAAAAUUCUGAAACAAGAGAAGAUUGUUCUCCGGGUAUACUGGAAGAAGACACACCUUCAUCUGAUGAAAAGGCUACGAUGAGAUGGGUAUGCGGAAGGCUGGUUAAAGUAGAAAAAUGAAUUUGAGGUUUUGCGCGAGGAGGAAUUUGCGCCAGUGAAGAAUGCUAAUGGUGCAACCUAUGACACUCCUGAUAGUGCCAGAUUAAUGCUGCUUUGGCUUCAUAGCUGAUGGGUGGUUGCUGCUGGUGUCUUCUUGACAUAUUCUGUGCCCUUGUAUAUGACAGGCAUUGAAGUUUCUCCACUUUGUUCUUAUGCUGGAGAGAAUCUAGAAGCCAUAUCCGAGGAAGGACAUUCCAUGCACCAAGUGAGAUUUCAUUCUAGGCAUAGUAGUUGUUGGAAGCAACAAUCAGAAUACAGGAAGAAGAUAUCUGCCCAAUUUUGAUCUCAACAUGACAACUAUUGCAAAUAGGAUGUUUAUAUUAGUCAACUCUUGACUAUUGUAUGUUAUGCAAGCACCAACUAUUGUAAUGCAGCGCUCGAAGUUGCCUUCUUUCUCCCCUAGCAUUAAUGUGUAUUGCAUUCUCAUGUGCUGCUCAAAUGUAGAGUAUGGGAUUCUUUUGUGUAAUAUCUGUCGAAAGCAGCAUAUUUGUCAAAUACAUAUUAUCUUUGCGCAAUUCUAAUUCUUGAUUCUAUGCUAU